GCACUCGUGGUGCUGGUACUCGUAGUUGCAGGCUGCCGCGGCCUCGCAGACGCUGAAGACACCGACAAGUUAACGACGGACCAAAUACUCAACACCGUCGUCGGUGGCGCCGCCACUCGCUCACUCAGAAAAUGGCAUCAAGACCGAAAGGCUGAAGAACGAGAGUUGGGCAGCAAGAUCAGGGCAAUUCUUCGGGGUAAUCGCACCCCCAAGACUCCGACGCUCAAAAUCUCUAAGAAGAACCCGCUCGUCGAAAGCCUCGACAGGAACCCAACCAUUAAAAGCCUGGCGAACAACUCUCGCAACGAGAUCGCGCUCACGAAAGAAAAUGUCACGAAGAUCGCGACGACGGUGGACCAGGCCCUCAGUACUUCA